CAAGCGACGAGCGCGCAUUGCAGCGGAGGUAAAAAUUCAUUUUGGUUGGGUUUUAAAAUAUUAAAUAAGCUCAAUAUGAAGCGUGGAAAGGACGAGGACAAAGAUGAUGCUGCACUUAUUAACAGCAGCAACAAUAACAAUAAUAAUUCUAAAACUAACAAGGAAUCGCCAAACAUCGGCAGCAACAGCACCGAUGCCAAUAGCAGCGGCAACAACAACACGCCCUGCACAGUCCGCACCACGGGCCGCGUGAAGAAACCAAAGCAGGUAUAUGAUCCCUCUGAUAAUUAUGUAUCACGCGGAUCGCGCAACUCGUUGCCUGCGGCGGCAUCGUCAUCGCAAUCGCAGGCAACACCAGCCAAUGCAAAUGCAUUGCAACAGCAGUCCACGGUGUCGCAAUCGCCGGCCUCCUCGCAGUCCCAGUCCCAGUCGGAGGCUCAACCGCAGGCGCAGUCCUCGGCAUCUCAAUCAAAGCCAGCUAAUCAGCAGGCAGCGCUUGCUGCCGAGCGGCCAUCCACUUCAGCUGCCAAGGAGGAUGCCAAGGAGACGGUGCCAGUGCCCACCGUGGAACAGCAGCGCAAUUUUGAUACAUGCAUGAAGUGCGGCAAGAGCGAGGCAAAGCGUGGCUCCGGCUACAAAAGCAACUUUCUCACCUGCAAGUCAUGCGCCUUGAAAUGGCACUUCGCUUGCUUGCCGAUCACAUUUGAAGUUCUUACGAAUGCACGUAAGAAGUUCAAGUGCGAGAAGUGCCGCCGCUGUUUCACUUGCAUGAGCAACAAGGCCAAGGACAAGGUCAAGGAGAUGAUUAUGUGCAGUAUCUGCGCCAAUGCCUAUCACUUGGGUUGCCACUGGCCGGCGAUCAUGCGCGACAAGUUGAACGACCCGAAGUGGAAGUGCGACACUUGCUGCCCCAACUACAAUCCGUAUAACGGUGAGGCAGAUGAGGUUACCAAAAUCCAACCGAAAUCUCCGCCGCGCAAGUCGAAGGCUGGGCGCAAGAAGCGGGCCACUUCUGAUCCAGCUGCUGCAGCUGUCGUUGCCAAGAAGGCGGCUUUGCAGCAAAGCCACAAUAAGAAUGAGAACACUGAGAAUUCAAAGCCCAUCAUCAUCAGCAACAAUAAUAACAACAACAGCAACAACAUUAAGAACAACAACGACAACAACACCAACAAGCCGUCGACCAUUGUAUCCCAGACUCCCGACAACGACGAUGUCGUCCAAGUCAUCUCAAAGGAUGAGAUCGAUGUAGUUAACGGCAUCAUUGACUUGGCACCGCUGACAAAUUACUCGUCAGACACUUCGCUCCCCACUCUGACAUUUGUGGUGUCGCAGGAAGACAAAGAAACCGACGAUAGCGUGGAAAUUAUUGAGGACGUAGAGGACAUUGUAGUAGUAUCUGCAUCUUUGUCUCCACCCGUAGACGAGCAGAUUCUCUCAACGGAGACUGUGCAGACCUGGAGCAUUGACGAUGUGGUGGACUAUGUCGAGAAGUUCUAUCCGCGAGAAGCUGAUGUCUUUAGGACCCAGGAAAUCGAUGGCGCCGCCUUGAUGGUGCUGUCGCGCCAGGACGUCAUCGAUCGCUUCGGCUUGAAGCUGGGCCCAGCACUGCGCAUAUACGAGCUGGUCCUUAGCCUACAGACAUCGACGGACGACGUUAGCAUUGGCUGGUGUGAUUAGCCAUCGGCUCUUUGUUCUUCCCCAGCUUUAUUGGCUACUUUUUACUAAAUACUUCAUAUUUUUUACUUUGUUAUGUGCACGCUCCGUGGAUGAAAACUCUGUGUAAGUUCGUUAGUUUAGGAUCACUGGAAGAUCGACGAAGACCCAUUUAAUUUCCUCAUUUCAUGUUACUCAUUCAUAUGUAUAUUUUACUCA